AUGGCUCGUAUCUCUGACCUAGUGGGUGCAGUCACUGCACUUUGUGGUACUGCAUGUGCACAAUUCGGUUCCAAUGUUCCUAUUGAUACCCGAAGCCUGGAUGAGAUCUACGCAGCAGCCCUCAAGGAGACGGGAACUCUGAAUGUCGCAAGCGGAGGUGAUGGUAGGUUUCCCAAACCUAUCUCGUUUUAGUUAUUGAGACUAAAUUUUCAUUCUUAGCUGGAUGGCAAGGAGAUGGAACCGUUGCUGCUUUCGAGGGUCGCUUUCCAGGUCUUAAACUUAACCUAACCGUCGAUCUUUCCAAGUACCAUGACAGCAGAAUCGAUCGCGCUUAUUUGGCUGGAAACGAGUAUAUAGAUGUCGCCAUUCUCCAGACUCUUCACGACUUCCCAAGAUGGAGAGAUCAACAACGGCUCUUGAAUUAUAAGCCAGCGAACUUUGAGGACAUCUACCUUGGAGAGAAGGAUCUCAACGGUGCUUUUCUUCCAAACUCAUUCAGUAAGCUUGCUUGUUUCUUGUAGUGCUUCUAUCCACUAACAUUUCUCGUUUAGACAGCUUUGGAAAUUUCGUUUAUGACUCAACCAAGGUUGCUGCUGCCGAUGUCCCAAAGAACUACAUGGAAAUCUUGGAUCCUAAAUGGAAGGGAAAGCUCGUUUUAACUUACCCAAACGAUGAUGACGCGGUUGCGUAUCUCUUCAGCAUCAUCGUUGAGAAAUACGGCUUUGGGUGGUUGGACGCCCUUGCCCAGCAAGAUGUCCAAUGGGUCCGAGGAAGCGAAACACCUUCCAUCAAGAUCCUCGAGAACCACUCCAACUCUACUGGCUCUGACCGAGUUCUCACGUUCACUUCCAUCGGCUAUUUCAAGGGACCAGCAGACUUCAUUACAUCCGCACCAGUUGAAGUACCCGAGACGAAGAUGUCUUGGUGCCAAACAAUGGCCAUCUUCAAAUCUACCAAGGUCCCCGAAACUGCCAAACUUUUCAUGUCGUACAUGAGUAGUCCAGAAAUUCAAGGUGCUAGUGGUGGUUUGUCUACACUCAUGAGCUUGGAUUCUGGAAAUGUCUACAGCAGCAAUAUCACCCAAAUCAGCUGGUUCAGAAACUUCAUGCACGAUCGAGCCACGGUUGAUUGGUGGAAGUUGCAGUUUGAGACCACCCUUGGUUCUGCUCAAGGUCCAGGCCCUCUUGAGUUGUUUCCAAAAGGAUCAUAA